GUUCGGACUAUCUCGUUGUUUGAUAUUCAGCACUGAAUUUUAAUCAACCUUCUCUGGCUUUGAUGGAGUUUUGUUCUCCUAGCUGGAUGGCUUGGUCGUGGCGCUUUCAUCGUUAUUCUGAACGACAUCAUCAAUACAAACUUCAGAUAGAAGUGAAGUGUUCGAAUUACUCCACAUAUGGUUCACAAUUUGUCCUGUAGACCUCGAUGUUGAUUGGUUCUUGUUGACCUUAAACCUGUCAUUGUUUAAUUCUUUAUUUUGAUUGUAUCCAAUUGAUUUAAUUUUUGGUCCUAUAUUUGUCCAUAGUCUUUCUGAUUGGUUGAUAAAUUGGAUCGAAUUCAAUGUGUUAAUUGAUUACUAAUUGACCGGAGUGUCAAGUUUUUAAAAAUUCUCUAAUGUUUUUAGAAUGACCUCUAUCCAAGAUCUCAACACUUUCCCAGUCGAAUGUGUCCACAGUUGUCCGCAUGCGUUGAUAUAAGUGAGGAUAUACCAUAAUGUUUGACUGCUAAUUAAUGUUCAUGCAGGCGAAGGUGAAGAGGGAGUCGUCUUUGUCCGAUGUAGUGUUUUUCGAAGUUGGAAUAGUUUAUUUUAUAGACAAUGUUUGAUUUUUCUUCUUUUGUAAUUUCGUCCUUUGGUUUGCAUAAGAUUGAUUGAAGUGAUUAUGUUGGUUUGUGUGCUAUAUAUAUAUUAGUUGCCUGUCUAGUAUUGAUUAGCAAUAAUAGUAGUAAACUGUUUAAUUAUUAUGUUGUUUUUAAUUCUAAUGAAUAAAAAAUCUAGGAGGUUUCAACGAACCUAACUUCAUUGAUGAGUGCUACUACUACUACUGUUAAUAAUAAUAAUUAUAAUUAUCCAUUGUCAACUAUUUCUCGUUCUACUUCGCCAAUAUUACAACAACUAAAUCACAACAGUGAACACACUUGCAAUCUUCCAACUGGAUCUUCUUGCUUCACUAAUAUUUCAUCAAAAUUAACUAAUGAACGUUUUACUAGUUUUGUACAUUCUAACUUUUUGCCAGAUGAUAUUGUAAUAUUUGUUCCUGUCCCAGGAACUAGACCAAGUAUUUCAUCAUCAACAUUAAACACUUCUCCAGCUGCAAUCACUACCAUCAUUUCUGCCACAACAACGACCACUUCUACUGCAAGCUGUAUUCUAUCACAAAAUUGCCAUAAUGUUGUAAAAGCAGAUGAUGGUACUGUUGCUACUACUACUAAUAGUAGUAGUAAUAAUAAUACUAAUGUUCAUGAUUCAACAAUGAUAACUAAAUCUGACAUUUGGUCAGUGAAUAGUAAAUUCGCUUCGAAUCUCUUAGAUGCUAUUUCACCAUCAUCCAGUUUAUUAUCGUCAAUGAUUGUUCAAUCAUCGUUACCAUUUUCAUCAAUAUUUAUGGAUUCGUUAACAGGAGGAGGAAAUGUAGUAGGAAGUUCUGGUACUACCACUACCGACACUAUUACAUCUGCCACUACUACAAACACAAGUGACAAUAAUACCUUAAUGAAUAGUAGUAGUAUCUUAUCUACACCUAAAAACAUUUGUGCAUUAAUCAACAGUAGUAGUAUUCACAGUAAUAGUACAUUAGCUAAUGAAUUAUGUACAAGUACAUUUGGCGGUAAUUAUGGUACACUUUUACCUUCAACUACUACUCCUACUACGUCUGGUUGUAGUGGCACUAGUGUCAAUACUACAACAACAACUGAAUCAUCUUCCACAACGUCUACAUCAACUAUCACUUACGUUCAAUGGCGUAUGUUAUCCUCGGAUGGACAUGUUUACUUUUUACAUCAAGAUGAUUUUAAGGCACUGAAUAUUGAGGACCAUAUUGAUUAUUGUAAGCCUAUGAGUUCUAAUGUACAGGAAACAAAUUCAUCUCACCAUAGGAAUGUGUCGUUUAAAGAAGCGUCUCAGACACAUAAUUAUUUUGUCGCAGCCAGAUACAAAAGUAAAGAACGUUGUUUAUCUAAACGAGCAAAUAAUCGAUUCAAUUUGCCGAAAAACUUUAUAUUUUACCGCGUUCGUGCUCGUCCUUUGUUGAAUAGUAGUAGUAAUAACUGUGGUGGUGUUGGUGGUAUUCCGUCGUCACCUUCUCCAACUGGAAAUCUUAAUCGUCCGCAUCAUAAUAAUGGCAGCAUUAAAAAUUCUGUGAUUUGUGAUUCCCAUCCACUUCUUUUACCAGAUACAGAUGUUAAUAAACAGUCAGUUUAUAAGUGACAUAUAUGUGACUGACGGUGAUGGAGAGUAGGGGUGUUCCAAUCCGUUUGAACUUUGUCCUCGAGGAGAAUAGGUCGGCGGGUGGCGGUGGUAGAUAGUAAUCGAAGUAUUAUUGUAAUUAAUACUAUUUAUUAUUAUUAUUAUUAUUAUUAUUAUUACAAAUAUUAUUCGCACUGUUAUUUUACUCUCCUUUGUUUUUCUCUCGUCAUUAUUGUCAUUGUUAUUAUUCUAACCUACUUACAUACCUACCUACCUACCAUAUCAUGCCUUUCAUACAUUACAUAUAUCACUUCAUCAAUCAUAAUAAAUUUCCUUCACAAUCAAGCAAGAUAUACCAAAAGUAAAAUUAAUAAAAAAGUAAUACUCUUUCAAAUGACACACACACAUCUACAUCUAUCAUAAUAAUAAGUUACCCCCAGACUAAUAUUGAAUGAUGCAACGCAUUACACUAUCGCAUAAUCCACAAUUAUGCAGAUGUAUUUGAAAGAAAAAUCAUCUAUCAUCAUCACCAUUAGCUCCCAAUAAUAGCUUGAGAGAAAAGAAUUGAAUGUUAUUAUUCACAUUUCCGUUUCCUUAUUCUUCU